CUCUCUCUCUCUCUGUGUUUUUAUACACUCCAAACAAACAUCAUGAAAGGCUUCAAGGUUUUUCUAAUGCUUGCCAUGCUAAUAGCUUCAGCCAUCACUACUCUCUCUGCAAUACCAGACGAAGAAGAAUCCUUCUUCAGCGAGGAAAACAAUGCAAUGGACGAAACCAAAAACCAGCUUGGAAAAAGCACUUCUCUAAGAAGCCGCUUCCUUGCCUCCCGGCCGCCUGCCAUAACUUGCGACAAAUACCCUAAGCUUUGUCAGGUGUCGGGCAGCGCAGGGCCGGAUUGCUGCAACAAGAAAUGUGUGGACAGAAACACAGACACAGCAAACUGCGGCAAGUGUGGGAGGAUAUGCAAUUACGCAGAGAUUUGCUGCGAAGGUAAGUGUGUGAAUCCGAACUCGGACAAUGAAAACUGCGGCAGCUGCAACAACACGUGCAAGAAAGGCACUUCAUGUGCGUUUGGGAUGUGCAGCUAUGCAUGAACACUAAUUAUCAUGACGCACCAGAUAGAUCACUGCUAAACCCUAUAUCCUAUAUACAUGAAAAUAAUUUAUAAGGCUAUGAAUUAGUGUACGUGUGUGUGUGCAAGUGCAAGGAAUAAGGGCUAGCUAAUCGUCACCAUUCGAUGGGCUUAGCCAAUUAAUUGUUUA